AUGGUCACCAGCAGCGUCACCACCCGCACAGACCGCUACGGCGUCGACCCGAGGUCGGCCAGCCCGCGGCCGCGAUCCCCUCAGCCGGGCAGCUUCACCACCAGGACGGAGCGGUACUCUAACCCUGCCCCGCCGUCGCACACCACCACCGGGCAGCGGUACCUGAGCCCUCGGCAACGCUCGCCGUCGCCGCCCGCCGCCACGUACACGCGCCACGUGGAGCGGCACGUGGAGCGGCACGUGACGGAGCGGCGCAGCGACAGCCCGGAGAGCGGGGACGAGGCGCGCGGCCGGCCGACGCGGCGGUCCUCGCCGCCCGUCUACUCUAACACGACACAGUACCGGCCGGAGCGGCGCGAGAUCACGCAGAGCGUGCUGAACCCGCGGCACAGCCGGAGCCCGGCCCCGGUGGUCGACGGGCCCGGACGGCCGCGCGUCACGCGGCGCGUGGUGGAGGAGACUGAGAUUGACUACAUCUACCCGCCCUCCACCGACUCUAGUCCUGACCGGCCGGCGCGCCCGGAGGAGCGAGAUACGCCCGAGCGCCGCCCGCCGCUGGAGAAGUACACCACUACCACGACGUACCGGCCGCAGGAGCGGGACCGGCCGGACCAGCGGCGGACCCCCGAGCGUUACACGACGACGAAGACGUACCGGCCGUCGGGUCGCGACAGCCCGGACCAGCGGCGGACCCCCGAGCGCUACACCGACGACGAAGACGGGCGCCUCGAGCCCGCUGCGCAGCGCGCCGGAUCGAGUCCCGAGCCGCCCUUCCGCAAGACGGCCAAGGUGGUGCGCAACGGCGUGGCGCGGCCGGUGCGCCCGCCGCCCGGCGACGAGAGCUACGACGAGCUGCGCCAGCUGUUCGAGCGCACCGUCAGCAGGGUGCGCCGCGACUCCAGCGAGCCCGAGCCGGGCCUGCGCGUGCUGCGCGAGACCAAGACGCUUGACGACGGCCGCGAGGUGACGCGCGAGGUGGAGGAGUUCACCGACGAGCGGCGUCACUCGCACGCGCGCGUCGAGCGCUACAAGGUCACCGAGCCCGGCUACGAGGCCACCAGCUUCCACUCGCUGAAGCGGACGGUCGUCAAAGAGUGGAACAGCAGGGACAUUCGCUCCCGGAGCCGCUCCGCCCUCGACGACCUGCCCUAUGACCCGGACGCCCAUAUCAAGCACAUCAUCAAAUCAGCACGGCCGGACUUCGACCCGUCGUCGGCAGAGAAGAUCCACGUGCCGAGGGCGGACCGCGACACCCUGGACCGCUCCGGACUGGACCGGUCCACCAUCGACCGGUCCACCAUCGACCGGUCCACCGUCGAUCGGUCCACCGUGGACCGGUCCACCGUCGAGCGGUCCGAGAAGGUGCAGUCCAGCUCGUCCUCGCGACUGCUGCAGUCCUCCUCGGACCGGCUGCUGCAGUCCUCCCCUGGCCGACUGCCCCACUCUUCCGACAUCACCACCACGCACGACCCAUCAGACCGUCGCGUCCCCUGCAGCAUCAGCAAAUCCGGCGACGACUUCCUCGUCAAGUACCUGCCCCAGACGGUGGGGGACCACGAGAUCGACAUUCUGCUGCGCGGGGAGCCGAUCCCCGGCUCGCCGCUGGGCAGCAGCGUCUACAACACGUCCCAGAUCAGCGUGGCCAGCAUCCCGGACGGCACGGUCGGCCGGCCCGUCCAGUUCGAGAGUGAGUGGUGGCUGGCAAAGACGGCCGAGGAGGUGGCCGAGCAGGCGGACGGAGCCGGCGCCGGUAACCUGGAGAUCCUGGUGAACGGCGGUCACGUGACGUCCUACGUCAAGGACCUGGGCCAGCAGCGCUUCAUGGCUUCGUUCGUGCCCCACCACGCCAUGAAGCACAUGAUCGAGAUGAAGUUUAACGACGAGGACGUGCCAGGUAAGCAGAAACUGUCGGGACUCGUCUGGACGUAG